AUCAGAGCAAAGCCUUUGAGAAGUUCUUCGGCCAUUUGAGACGCAAAUAUGAAGAAGAGCAUCCUCAAAAGUGAAGCCCUUACAAAGUACAUUUUGGAAACUAAUGUCUACCCCAGAGAGCACCCCCAACUCAAGGAACUCAGAGAGGCCACCCUUAACAAGUACACUGAUUGGAGGAGAAUAAUGGGCGUGCCUGCUGAUGAAGGACAACUUAUUUCGAUGCUUCUAAAGAUCAUGAAUGCCAAGAAGACAUUGGAGAUUGGUGUUUUUACUGGUUAUUCUCUCCUCGCUACGGCUCUUGCUCUUCCUGAUGAUGGCAAGGUAAUAGCAAUUGAUCCAGACAGAGAAGCUUAUGAGGUAGGAUUGCCGUUUAUCAGGAAGGCCGGUGUGGAGAAUAAGAUCCACUACAUUCAGUCUGGUGGCAUGAUCAUAUUGAACAACCUCCUCUCGAAUGAGAGACAAGAAGGGGAAUUUGACUUCGCGUUUGUGGACGCUGACAAGGAGAACUACAUCAAUUACCAUGAGCUUCUGUUGAAGUUGGUUAAGGUUGGCGGUAUCAUAGCAUACGACAACACUUUGUGGUUUGGCAGUGUUGCCCCUUCUGAGCAUGAAGAAGCGGAGGACACAUACAGGGAUGCUCUGAGAAAGUUGAACAGCUUCCUUGCUUCUGAUUCCCGUAUCGAUCCUUCGCUCGUCUCCAUUGGCGAUGGUCUCACCCUCUGCAGGCGCCUCCGUUAGCCAAAUAAUCACGAAAAAACUCGCAACAGAAUAAACUCUCUUCGUAUUAUUGUAUCUGUGUGGCCUUUUCUCUUCUUUUUUUGGUUGGUAAAGGUGGCCUUUUCUUUAGAUCUUGCCAAAAU